AUGGGUGACAGAGCAGACCCUCUGAUGACUGUGCAUCUUCUUGCCAAUGCGGGACACUCAUCGUUUCUGCAGCAAACUCUGGAUCGGCUCUUGGAGUGGAUCUGCCCCAACGUUCGACUGUUCUUUGUGUCCGAGCGGAUUGCUCCACAGAAAUACUACGAGAGGUACCGCAAGAGGAGCUGCGGCUUUCCUGGAAUAUCCGUCCUCCUUUUUCUGCACGAGGACCUGGGAGAAGAGCGGAUUUUCCAGGUCCACGAUCUCUUCCAGCACCCACCCUGGCGCUACCAGUGUGCCCAGACUGCCCGGGGGCAAAGCCCUCCUCAUGCGCUGGCUGACCAGGACUUCUACGGCCUGGACGAGCAGAUGCCCGUGUGGGGCAUCAGGCGGGUGCACUGCGGCCCCGAAAUCCUGCGUGUGACCCUCUACUGCAGUUUUGAUAACUACGAUGAUGCAGUGGGGCUGUACGAGAUGAUCCUGCGGAAAGAAGCAGCUGUGCAGAAAAAUAACUUCUGCGUCUUCGUGCUGUACGCGACCAAAGCCAUCGCUGUCCAGCUCUGCCUGAAGCAGCUGCCUGCUGGGGUAGCUGCGGAGCCAAAGGAGUCAUCGGCCUUGCAGUUCAAGGUGCAAGAAAUUGGGCAGCUGGUGCCUCUCCUACCCCAUCCAUGCAUUCCUAUCAGCAGCACCAGGUGGCAAACGCAGGACUACGAAGGAAAUAAAAUUCUGCUUCAGGUUCAGGACAGCCCCAGGCAGAGUGAGACACGGGCUGGGCUUCCCAGCCAGCACAGCAGCACAGGCACAGAACGACCCCAGGGCUCGCUCCCAGCCCCUCUCUCCGUUGUGUGGGGCAGCCCCGAGCAGAGGGGCUGGAAGGCCCGAGCCUUGGGGGUGAGAACGAAAUCCCAGCACAGCGCAGCCCUCCCUGCGGAGCAAGGGGGCAGCGACCUUCACCGGCAUUGCUGCUCCUCCUGGAGCACCACAGCGGCCCCACCAAGGUGGGACGUCCCCUCCCGGCACGCACAGGUGAGCGGGGGGCUGCAGGAGAGCUGGGCCCACCGGCUGCCAGCGGAGACCAACGUGGACACGGGGCUGGCCGUGGGGAGUCCUGCAGGCGGCCGCUGCCCCCUGCGCUGCUUCUCCAGGGACCUGCGCAGCCUCCUGCAGCCGCCAGCGCUGGAUGCGGCUGGCAUCACCCAACCUGCCCCUGACGGCACGUGGCCCUUGUCUUUGGCAGCCAAAAGUAAAGGAGCAGGGCAGAGGGCCUUGGGCUUCUGCUUGCAAACACCAAGAGUCAGCACUGGAAUGAGGCCCAAGGAGGAAGAGGAGGAGUUCUUCAUAUGA